CUCUUAUAUUAAAUCUUUCAUUUGGAUUGUGCUAGUAGAUUUAACGAUUAUUAGCUUUUAAAGUAAGUGAUUAGAAUCUAUAAAAAAGAAUCGUUGAAUGCUCAGAUUACCAACCAAGCAAUUUAAAUUUCAAUAUAUAACUAAUUUUUCAUAUCUUUAUCGUCAACUCACUCCACGAUUAUUCACAACUUCAAGUCAAUUAAAAAUGCAAAUUCCUUCUAAACAAGCUGCUCAUAAAUUAACCUUAAUUCCAGGUCCUAUUGAAUUCUCAGAUGAAGUCUUAGAUGCUAUGGCUACUCCAUCUCAAGGUCAUACAUCUCCUGAAUUUGUUAAAACUUUCCUGUCCGUAUUGAAAAAUUUAAGAAAAGUUUUCAAAUCUGAAGAUCCAAAUGCUCAAGCUUAUGUUUUAUCUGGUUCAGGUACUUUAGGUUGGGAUAUUACUGGAGCUAAUCUUGUAACUCCUGGUGAUAAAGUUUUAGUAUUAUCUACAGGGUUCUUUUCCGAUGGAUUUGCUGAUGCUUUAAAGAUUUAUGGGGCCGAUGUUGAUGUAUUAACAGCCGACCUUGGUGAUGUCGUCCCAUUAGCCAAAAUCGAAGAACAAUUAAAGAAAGAAAACUAUACAGCUAUAACCAUAACUCAUGUUGAUACUUCUACAUCUGUUGUAAGUGAUGUUAAAGCAAUUUCUCAAGUAGUUAAGAAAAUUUCUCCAGAAACUUUAAUCGUUGUUGAUGGAGUUUGUUCUAUUGCUGUUGAAGAUUUAGAAUUUGAUAAAUGGGGAAUUGAUUAUGCUUUAAGUGCUUCUCAAAAGGCAAUUGGAGUUCCAGCUGGUUUAUCUAUAUCAUUUGCUUCUGGUAGAGCCAUUGAAAAGGCCGUAGCUAGAAAGGAAUCAGUAUAUUUUGCUUCUUUAAAGAGAUGGACUCCAAUCAUGAAAGCUUAUGAAAGUGGUAGUGGAGCUUAUUUUGCAACUCCUGCUGUUCAAACAGUUACUGCUUUAAAAGUUUCACUUGAUCAAAUUCUUUCUAAAUCCUUAGAUGAAAGAUUUGCCAAACAUGCCGAAGUAUCCACUAAAUUCAAGACUCAUCUUGAAGGUUUAGGAUUAAAGAUUGUUCCUGUUAAUCAUGAUGUAGCUGCUCAUGGAUUAUCAGCUGUAUAUUUCCCAGAAGGUGUUAAUGGAGGUGAAUUCAUAAGUUCUUUGGCUCAAAAGGGAUUUGUCGUUGCUGGUGGUAUCCACAAAGCAAUUGUUGGUAAAUACUUUAGAGUUGGUCAUAUGGGUUACUCUGUUGAAGCUGGUCAUAUCGACUUACUUACUAAAGCCAUUGAAGAAUCAAUUAUAGAACUUCGUAAAUAACAUUCUCGCCUUCCUCAAGCCAAAUUAUGAUUGCCCUUCUUAUUUAUUAUUUAUUGUGUAAAUCUGCUUAUAGAUAUUACAAAAAAAUAUAAGAUUAUCUCUAUAAAAGAUUGAGGAAGUGCUAUGAUAAACGAUAAUGGUUACACUAUAUAUAUAUUUUUUUACUACAAUUAAUAAAAGUUAAACUAUACGCUACACGACUCAAGUGAGCAGUAGCAGCAUCUCUUACAAUUACAAUAUAUUUAUCAAAAAUUCGGU